AUGAGUGGAGAUUACGAUGGAGAAGAUGAAAAAUGGCCGUUUCAUCAGCUCAUUCCGAAGGAUAUCGUUGGACAAGUAAUUUCACAGCUUAUUACGUCUUUUGGCAGAUUUUUUUGGAUUUAGGAUUAUGAUUUUAUAUUGAUUUAGUUGAUCAAUACCUAAUUUUUUACCUAAGUUAAUAUACGAUAAUUUCGAGUGAAUUGUCCGGUAAAAUAAGGUAAAUAAGCUAGAGUAAGGUCUGUUCUAUCUUUAUUUACCGUAAACUUUUUAAAAUAUUCAAAGUUUUACUUCAUUUUCAUCCGUUUUAUAUUGCACCUGCCAUUUCAGCCCGACUUUCUCGCAAAAAAUCCCGAAUUUGAUGGUCGCGGCACUGUUAUCGCAAUUCUUGACAUGGGAGUGGACCUGGCGGCUCCGGGCCUUCAAACCACAUCAAACGGGCUGCCGAAAAUCAUUGAUGCCGUCAAUUUUACCGGCUCGGGCGAUGUGAUCACCACCGAGGUACGAAGAAUCGAUGAAACCCGGGAAAUUUUGGGUCUCAGUGGGAGGAAAUUGAAGGUAGGCCAAGUUGAACAGCUGAUUCAUUUGUCAUUUAGAUCCCAGAGAGAUGGACCAACCCCUCCGGCGAAUAUCGGCUCGGUUUGAAGAGGCUGUUUGAGCUGUACCCACCCGAAUUAUUGACGCGAAUUCGCGAUUCUCGCCUGGAAAACGAGCUCAUUCCGCGACACGCGGGUCUGAUAGCCGAGAACUUGAAGAAAUUGAACAAUCACAUUAAUGCCGUAGGGCAAAGUUCGAAAAAUUUGACCGAUAAAUGGAAACGAAGGGAUUUGGAGUUUCAAUUGGAAUAUUUGCGGGGUUUCGGCAGUAAAAUCGACUCCGGACCCGCGUUGGAUUGCGUGGUUUGGCAUGACGGAGAGAGGUGGAGGUAAAUUGGAGUGGAUUUUUGGGGGUUUUGAGACUAAAUCGCAAAAAAAUUGUUUUAGGGGAUGAUUUUUAAUUUUUUUUUGAUUUUUUUUCAAAUUGAACUGGAAAAAUGAAAGUAAAAAUGAAUGAAAUAGGUAAAAUAUGCCCUGAAGAUUUAUAGCACACUCGAUUUUUUGGAUUUUUUGCUCUUUGCAGGGUGUAAAUCUCAAAAAAAAACGUUAUUUUAGGUAUGACUUUUACCUUUUUUUGAUUUUUUUCAAAUUGGAGUAAAAAAAUGAAAGUGAAAUUGAAAGUAAUAGGUAAAAUACGGACUGAGUAUCUGAAGCAUACUUAAAUUUUUUUUAAUUUUUUGCUUUUUGGGGGUGUAAAUCUAAAAAAACGUUGUUUUUGGUAAUAUUUUUGGUUUUUUUUUAAAUUGAGUUGAAAAAUUUGAAAAAAAUGAUUUUCUUUGUAAAAUACGAGCUUGACAGAGUUUCUUGGCCGAUUUGACCAUGUUUUACAAAAAAUUUUUUUGACAUUAAAAUCUCAAAAAAUAUUGUUUUUGGUUAAAUUUUUGUAUUUUUUUUUCAAAUUUUUUUUAAAAAUUUUUCAAAAUCAAAGUGAGAUUUGGUAUAUAAAAUUGAGCCAGACUAUUAUUGAUUGUAUUUUAGAGCCUGUCUGGACACGACUUUCCGUGGGGACCUCGCAAAAUUCACUCCAAUGACCGAUUUCCGGCAUGAAAGACAAUGGGGAUUUUUAACAGCUGAAGGUAAAAAUUUAAUUUUUUUUUUCGAAUUCCUUCUUUAGACUCUCUAACCUACUGUCUGGCCAUCCGAAACAACGGGAAUUUGUUGGAAAUCACGACGCCUUCAGGGUCCCAUGGAACGCACUGUGCACAUAUUGCGGCGGCCUUUUAUCCCGACCAACCCGAAUGCAGCGGAUUGGCGCCGGGCGCGCAAAUCGUCUCUAUUGUCAUUGGAGAUAACAGGAAUCGAGGAAGAUCCCUUGGACAGGCCUUUGCACGAGCGGUAGGAGGGGUUUUAUAUUGUUUUAGGUUAAAAUUUGAUGAUUUUUUUGAUUUUUGAGGGGUUUUUGUUGGUUUUACGGGUGAAAAUAGAACUUUUCGGAGUUAUCCAGGUGUGACAAGGGCUUUAGUCUCUAAAUAUAGUUGUUUUAUGGCUAAAAUAUUUAAAAAAAAAUUUAGGAUUUUUUGAAAAAAAAAAAAAAAAAAAAUUAUGUAUUUUUUUUGGUUAUACUUGAUUUUAGAGCCUCUAAAAAGCCAAUAAGGCUGUUUUUUUUUAAUUUGUUUUAAUUUUACGUUUGCUAACUAAAAUUUUUGAUGAUUUUUUUGAUUUUUAAGGGGUUUUUGGUUGGUUUUAAUGGUUGAAAAUGCCGUUAUUCGGAGUUAUCAAGGUGUGACAAGGAUUGUAGUAUCUAAAUAUAGUUGUUUUAUGACAAAAAUAUUUUUAAAAAUUUUUAAGAUUUUUUGAAAAAAAAUUUUUUUAAAUUUUUUUUGUGUUAUACAUGAUUUUAAAGCCAUUUAACAAAAAGCUAUUUAGGUUGUAUUUUGUUUUAAUUCGUUUUAAUUUUAUGUUUCCUAACUAAAAUUUUUGAUUUCAGAUAAAUUAUUGCGCGGAAAUUGGGGUCGACUUGGUAAAUUUCUCCUACGGAGGAGCCCACUCAGCCGUUCAGCCCACCGGCACCCUCCUCGAGUACCUGAACAAGCUCAUCUACGACGAGGGAAUCGCAUUUUUCGCGUCCGCCGGCAACGAGGGCCCCGCCUUGUCCAGUCUUUGCGAUCCGGCCGCCCAAACGUCGGCCGUGAUUUCGGUGGGCGCCAUCCUCCCGGAGGAUGCGACCGAAGUCCUCUACGGAACUUCGGAGAAACGCGAAACCUGUAUGCUUCAUUUCUCGUCCAGAGGACCCACCUCGGACGGCCGGCUGGGCAUCAAUUUCACGGCGCCGGGCGCCGCCAUCGCCGGCAUGCCCCUGUACUCGCAAAAUGCGGCGCAAUGCAAAAACGGCACGUCCAUGGCGGCGCCGAAUGCCCUGGGAUGCGCGGCAUGCCUCCUGAGUGCGGCGAAAAGUGCAAACAUCCCAAUGUCGCCGCUAAAAUUAAAGCUAGCGAUGGAAAAUUCGGCCAGACCAUUGGAUUCCGAGAAGCUGACCAAAUUGGACUAUGGAAAUGGAAUUAUCAAUCUUCCCGGAGCGUUUGAAGCCUUGAAAAAAUUGGAGAGUCUCCCAGAAACACUGUCAGACUUUGUGGUGACUGUGGGCCAUGUUUCGAGCGGCGGAAGUGACCAUGAAAAGAAGGGGAUCUAUAUUAGAGACCCAUACCAAUUACAACAUACCACGGACUACAAGGUUUGGAUUGAGCCACGGUUUCGGAAUCGCAAAGGUAAGUGGGAAGAGAUUUUUAAGAUUUCGGGGUAAUUUUGGGUUAUGGCGACAUUUUAUACGAUGAAACCUGUCCUCUUUUAUAUUUGUAGUUUUCAUGGUAUAAAAUGUCGCUUGGAGAAAAUAUAACUGAUAUCAAAGGAAAAUCAUGUGUUCUCCAGUUUCUAAUUAAAUUUUUUUGUAUAAGUGACUUCUUAUACGAUGAAACAUGUUUUUUGCCAUUUCUUCAUUUUAAUCGUAUAACAUGUCGCCAUUGGAGAAAAUAUAACUGAUAUCAAAGUAAAAUCAUAUUUCCUUCAAUUUAUAAUUCAAUUUUUUUAUACGUGACGUCUUAUACGAUGAAACAUGUUUUUUGUCAUUUAUUCAUUUUCAUUGUGUAACAGGUCACCAUUAUAGAAAUGGCUUAUGGUAUAAGAUGACAAGACAGUCAUUUUCAAUUUCUACCCAAAUUUUUUACCAUAAACAACAUUUUAUACGAUGAAACAUGUGCUUUUUCUACUUGGAUUUUUAAUCGUAUAAAAUGUCACAUUGCGAAAUCUCAUCAUAAUUUUUCAAUUUUGUAGGAGAUAUUGUCUCCAAACACAAAUUCCAACGACAAAUUCGUCUUGAAUCCUCAGCACCCUACGUUAAACACACAAAAAAUAUCCACCUUGCCAAUGAACACGCCAGCUUUCAAGUGCGCGUUGACCCUGCUAAUCUAGAAGCCGGAAGAGUUCACUACACGGAGAUUGUCGGCUAUGAUGCAGGCUUCAAAUUGAGCCCAAGAGCAGGAACGUCGAAUGCGCCGCCGUUGUUCCGCGUCCCAAUUACUGUAAUCAAGCCGUUGGAGCUGGAAAAAGGCGAAAAUUCGCUGAAAACAAGAUUUAAAUUGACUGCAGGACAGCCCGAAAGGCUUUUCCUGCAAUGCCCAUCGAAUUCCACGGAAGUGUCGGUCAAAAUAAAGUCAACGAAUAAGCGAUCAACGGCCAAAAUCUACCUAAAUUUUGCCCAAAAAGUCGCCGCGCAAGAUGAAUACGAAGUGAGGAUUGUUGAAAUUGAAUAUAGAAAUGUCAUUUUUGCUGUCUUAGUGACCGUAAUGUCUCGUAAUUUUAGUUGUACACUCUGGAGCCGCUCUCUGAAAUCUCGGUGACCAAAUGGGUCAGAGAUCGCAGUUCUUUGGAGUUUUGUGCCCUGUUAGAGUGGUCAAAUUUUGACCGCGAAACGGAAAUUGAAGCCGAAUUUACGUUCCUUGGGUACUACGUGAGUAUCAGCGAUAUGGUAAGCGGUUUUGUCGCGUAAUGAGAGGCUCUGGGACAUUUUAUACGAUGAAACAUGUUUCGUCGUAUAAAAUGUCUUCUGGAUUUGCAUGGGUCCGAAAAUUGGUAGAGUUCUUGGAAAGUGCUUCCGAUUAAACAAUUUUUCGAAUAUCAAUGAAAAACAGCCAUUUUAUACGAUGAAACAUGUUUUAUCGUAUAAAAUGUCCGCAAAAACUGACAACUUUCUGAAAUUGAUAGAAAAUCUAUACAAUGGGCAUUUAUUCUAAACCCAGGAAUUUUUUUUUUAGCAUUCAUCAUGUUGGAGACAUUUUAUACGAUGAAACAUGUUCUAUCAUAUAUAAUGGCUGCUUUUCAUUGAUAUUCGAAAAAAUUGUUUCUUGGAAGCGCUUUCCAAGAAAUCUACUGCUUUUUGUACUCAUAAUUAUCCGGGAGACAUUUUAUAAGGUAAAACAUGUUUUGUCGUAUAAGAUGGCUCUUUCUCAUUCGAAGAGCCUAGAAUGAUCUGGAAAUUGGAUUUUGAUCCGUUUACAUUCGAAUUUUCAGUAUUCUGGCCCUGCAGUUGGCGAAAUGACCUUGUGCAACGAGCUCUCACACAUGACCCUGAAGCCAUCCCUGAUCUUUGAUUGGCUUCGUAGGCUCGAAUUGCCAAGAAAUUUUCGAAUUGAGCCCCUAGACGAACGUGUUUUCUUCAUGGACAACGUCAAAAUGUACGCUUUGUUCUUGACCUACCACAUCAAAUCCGAAGUCUCUUCGACUUUCAAAUUCUCCCUCCCCGGCGUCGCGGACCAUUACUACGGAAAUCAGAUCGAAUGUCUCACAAUGCAACUUUUUGAGCACCAAAAACUAAUCCCUCCCUACUCGGGGAGGGAGUAUCGCGGCCUGGAAAAGGGCGAUUAUCGACUGGAGGUCCAACUAAGACACAAGGACACCGUUUUCCUCGAGAAAUUCACGUCCGCGCCCCUCGAAAUGCGCAUCAAAUUGAAGCCCAUUACGAUCAGCAUCUAUCACACCUAUCAAGCCGCCCAAAAGAAGGGAAACAACACGAUAUCGAGCCUGGCGAUGCGACCCGGACAGACGAAGACCGCCUUUUACAGUGGCACGGAAAGCCUGCCGACCUGGUCCAGAAACGGCGAUUGUUUGUACGGAACCAUGAGUCUCACGGCAACAGAUCCCGGACAGACAGUCACUAUGCAGCUUAGCGCGUUUCCAAGAGCAGCGAUGAGCAAAGCGAACAGAGUUGUGGAGCUGAAAAAUCGAAAAGAUGAGUCGAAGACACCUGAAAUGAAGUUCAAGGGUAAGAUGAUCGAUUUUGAAGGGGUUUGGGUUGGAUAAAUGGAUGAAAUUGAAAACGUAGAGAGGUUAUGGAGUGUGUUUUGAUGUAGAAUAAAGUGUUUUGUAAUUUGAGGUGAAGGAGACAUCUUAUACGAUGACAAUUUCAAAAUCAUUUUUCAUCGUAUAAAAUGUCUCAUCUCUCCCCUAAACUACUGAAAAUCAAACACAGCGUCAAAUGAAACCCAAUUGAUACUCAGUUAUACCACAAUAUCUUUUAAGGAGUCAUUUUAUACGACAAAACCUUCAGAACCUGUUUGGUCGUAGAAGAUGACCCCUUUUGGAUAUAAUUGAAAAUAGUAGUAUCAGUUGGGACACUUUUAUACGCUGUGUGUGAUUUUUAGUAGUUUGGUAGACAGCAGAGAAAUUUUAUACGAUGAAAGAUGGUUUUGAAGUUUUCAUCGUAUAAAAUGUCGCCCGCUUGAAAGAACAUUUUCCUUCGGCAUUGCUCUAUAGAACUGCACCUAUAAGGCUUAUUUUGUAAUUUUCAGACGCCCUUCGCGAUUUCAAAAUCUCUCAGAUGCUCCAAACAAGUGACGAAAAAAUCUCCGAGAGCCUUUACAAAGAGCUUUCUGAUGAAUAUCCGGAUAAUAUUGUAUUGUUACUGGCGCGUCUAAGCUUGCAAUACAGCAAGAAGGAGAGGAAUGUCAAAGAGAUUUACGAAUUGGCCAACAAAUUGAUUGGCUUGAUUGGAAUGGAAGAAGUUCUAAAAUUCACCGGAAACCGAAGCCAUAGAGAUUUGGAAUUGCUCGAGGAGAAAGCGUAAGGGAAUUUAAAGAAAUUUUUUCUAAGUUUUGGAUUGAUUUUGGUACUUCUUUCCACCAAAAAUUCAAAUUGUUUGAUCUUUUGUCAUGAAUAAUAUAAAAAUGUUCAGAGAGUCGCUGGAUAAGCGUCAAAAAUUGGAAGAGGUCCACAAGAUCCUCGCUACCACCCUGUUGGACAAUUUCUUGGCCAAGAAUCCAAAGAAUAUCCCGAAGGUUUUCCAAAAUCAGUUCAAAUUGGUUUAUGACCAAGGAUUUACUGACAGACCGGAACAAUUCGACGGAAGCUGGCUGGGAUGGGAAAAUCAGAGUGUGGAAAAAACCGUAGAAGUUGCUGAGACUCGGAGGAGGGUUGAGGAAGCCGAAGAGAAAGAAAAAGACAGUGGAGAAGACUCGGUACGACAUUUUUUCUAGAAUUUGGGAUAUUUUAGGGGAGAAAGACAUGUUUUGUCGUAUAAAAUGUCUCUUGUGCAGUAAAUUCGAAAAUUUUUGGGUUGGUAGUGAAGAAUAACUAAUUUCAGAGGUUCUUUAACGUGGACGGCCAAAACAUCUUGCUAGGGGACAUUUUAUACGAUGGAAAAGGAAAAGGCAUGUUUCAUCGUAUAAGAUGUCUUUUGGUCAUUCCGAUAUUUCGGAAAUUGAUUUCAUCCGAGUAAACGUGCAAUUUGAUUGCUGGAAAUGCAAUUUUUAGCGGAUUUUUCGAAGGGCGACAUUUUAUACGAAGAAAAUUACCAGAAGCACGUUCCGUCGUAUAAGAUGUCUCAUUUACAAAAUUGGUUUUAGAUUAAAAUAAGCCUUGUAGUUUUAUUACUGUUUCUAUUUAUUUCGCGCGCAUUUUUAGCGGUUGAGACAUUUUAUACGCAGAAAAAGUCAAAAAGAUUUUUUAUCGUAUAAAGUGUCUCCGACUUCUAAAAUCAUAGAAAAACUGUUUUGAUUUGGAAUAAUAGCUAAUAGUAGAUUUACAUCAUUAUUUUCAACCACAUUCAUCAAUUUUUUCGCACAAAAAUCGACAUUUUUUAGGCCGACGAGGGAAUCGAAAUGCGCUCGCUGAAGACCUCGGAAAGCUCCUCAUCCUCUUCGGAAGACAUUACAAAAGGCGAUCAGAAGAUUUCGACCAAAGAUUCUGGCGUAGAGCUCUGCGAACUGACCGAUUCUGGAGACCAGGAGAAGGGCGAAGAAGUCAAGGAACAUCAAAAUAUUAAACAUGAGGAGAAGACCGAGAGGAUUGAAGAAAAAGUGGAUAUUCAAGAAGAGGCCAAAGAAUUUUGCGUGGAUUUGGAAAUGAUCGACAAGAUUAUGGUCCAAUACAGUAGGAUUUCGAAUAUGGACACGGACGAGGCCAAGGUUUUGAAGAUAAAACAGUGCCUUUCCCAUGGGUUUUAUGGACUGGCCCUAAAGAAAUUGAUCAAAAUUACCAGCCAAAAAGACGCACGAUUGGUUUGGAACGCCAUGUUUGAGGUGAGUGGGACCUAAGUUUAUGAUUUUGAUUAUAUUUUACUUGAUUUGUCAAAGGGGACAUGCUAUACGAUAUAAGUUUUACGAAGAUUUUGAAGUGCAGGUUUGAUCGUAUAAGAUGUCUCCUAGGAAUUUGUUUUAAGUGGGAAAAAUUACCAUGGUUUUGAGAGUUUUUUUAGACUUUUUUGAGGUUGACAGGUUAUACGAUGAAAGUUUUACAGGCUAUUUUUGGUUACGAAGUUUUUGUCGUAUAACAUGUCACCUAGUAAUUAAUAUUGUAAGUGGAGAAUCCUUAUGACUUUACCUUGAUUUUCUACUAUUUUUGAUGGUGACAGGUUAUACGAUGAAAGUUUUACAGACCAUGUUUGCUGACAACGCUUUCAUCGUAUAAAAUGUCCCCAAAGUUCAAAAAUUUGCUUUUUCUUACUCAAUUUGACGUUUUCAGCUUGCCGACACCCUCGGAUGGAGCUUAAUCUCAGAACGAUGGCGUGAUUAUUACCUGGGAAAGUACUGUGUUCCCAAAAGAGCCUUUUAA